AUGCAUGCGACUCUCGACGAUCUGCCGCCUGAGAUCUUACUCGCCGUUAUCGCAUACACACUAUCUGGUGAAUCCGCCCCAAGCAAUAUACUGUGCGUCAACCACCAAUUCCGCAAUGCCGGCGUGGAAUGGCUUUACAGGAACCUCCGCUUUCACUCUCCAGAGCAGCUGAAGCUUUUUGCCCAGACAAGUGAGAACGUGGGGGUGGUCCCACGCUCAGUGACGGUCGAUCUGACGGGCAAGUAUGCGAGAUCAGACAUCUGGCAAUAUCUCCGCGAGGCAUUGCACAGGUGCGAUGGUACUGAGAAACCGGGACUAGGACAGAAGCAGAUCUUACUAGAAACCCUUUGUCUGAGACUCCAUUCAUACGCACAGGAUACCAGCCACCAUUUGUUCGAAGAGGCGUUGUCUGCUGCCAAUCCCCGAAUCUUUCGGUGGACCGGACCCGACCCUAACCACCACUUCUCCACUGCAAUCGUCGCCCCUGUAGCACGCCGUCUAUGUAGAAUAUUUGGCACCUGGUCAAACAUUCAAGAUAUCACGGUCACCAACAUCGCCUUUUCGUCCGAACUUUCGGACGUUGACGAUUUGGUGGCGCCAUUACUCCCAGAGAUUUCCGGUCUUCGCAACCUCUACGUGGGUCAGGCAACGUUCCUGAGUACAGGGUCUGUUGCGGCGCUUUUCUGUAUCAAUAGAAUGGCGAGCCUGGAGAGGGUAAGGCUCGUGGAUGCCUACUGCGAGAGUAUCUGGGGGUCCAGAAUUCGAAGAUCGGAUAUCGAGAAGGCAGCACAAACCAUUAUGCUUCUUCAGGACGCGGUGCAGUACGAAGGUGUACUUUUACGCAUUCGGAACCUACUUACAUGUGAAAAGAAGACGGAGCGAAUCAUUGGAGGUGAUCGGGUGGAGGGCAGUAUCUUCCUGGUUUGA